AUGAUCGGUGCUACUAGGCGCUGGUUCCGGCGCAAUCGCAAGGGUCUCGCGAUCGGGGCUGGCGUGAUCGGAGCCGGUUACCUCGCAGGACAAUAUGUGCUCUCCAAAAUUUCAGAAGCACGGGAACGUAUGAGCAGUGACCGGAUCGCUCGGGAGAAUUUACGGCGACGUUUCGAACAAAACCAAACCGAUUGCACCUAUACCGUUCUCGCUCUCUUACCGACUGCUGCAGAAGAUAUUGUCGACGCUCUUCCUGUCGAGGAAUUGACGAAGGAGCUCCAACGAAAGCGAGCAGAGAGGUUAGCUCGGCUCAGCGUCGGGGAAGGGACCGGAUCAGAUCUAAGCUCUGUAUCCCCCAGCUUACCGGAGGAUGACCGUCGGAGCCUAUCCAGCUUUCAGAGUGAUGGAUUCGUCCGCACAAGCCAAACGGGAGAACCUUCCGUUGAGGGCGAGGGCGAGGCGCGACCGAAACGGAAUAAGACACAGCUUUGGAACGAGGUCAAAAUCACUUCUAUUACCAGGUCCUUCACUCUAGUCUAUACCCUUUCUCUUUUGACAAUCUUUACGCGAAUCCAACUUAACCUUCUCGGCCGUCGGAACUAUCUUUCCAGCGUAAUCUCUAUGGCGACACCCCCUGCCAACGAUUCGACGAUCAGACUAGAGGACCAUGACGAUGAUGACCUCACACAGACUUUAGGAAAUGAUUUUGAGACCAACCGUCGAUAUCUUGCCUUUAGUUGGUGGUUGCUUCACCGAGGCUGGAAGCAGUUGAUGAACGAGGUACAGACUGCCGUUACAGAGGUCUUUGGCCCCCUGAACCCUCGGGAGGAUGUCUCGUUGGCCAGGUUGUCUGAGCUAUUCCUGGAGGUCCGAAAGAGAGUGGAGGGACAUACUGAGGAGGAGAGAAAGCACUGGCUGUCUUAUCUGCUCCCCCCUUGCGAAGAGGAGGAUAAAUUACUAGAGGAGUCCGGUGUCCUUGGAGUGACGGAGCUCGCCAACUCCCAGACUGCAACUACGUUGCGACACCUACUAGAUGAGACGGCCGACCUGAUCGAAUCACCAACUUUUACGCGUGUCUUAAUGCUUUUAAAUAACGAAUGCUUCCAGACAUUGAUCCAGCAAUGCACCGCCGAUGCCUUCAAGUCGGCGUCCCAAACUUCACGGAGUGUUCCCCAAUCAUUUACUUCGGUUGCCACGGUUGUCCCGGGAGCUAAUAGCUCUGAGCCAAAGGCAAAGUUAGCCAACGUUUUGGCGGUUUUAGCCCGGCAGGCACAUGUGAUUGGUAAUGGUACAAACCCACCAAACCUUUACCUAACUGCGAUGGACCAAGGCGUGCGAGAGUUAGAAGCUUUCGCAGCUGUGGUUUAUAGCUCUAACUUUGAUUUCGAGCUGGUUGGGUCCGGGACGAAGAUGGAGUCUCCAGGAGAGGAGACACCCGGUUCCGACACGGUGGUGAUCGAGAAGGAGGAUUAUGACGAACUUGACCGCAGUCAGAUUCAACAGCCGUCGACCGCAGGGCCCGGUGCGAAUUCAGCAUUUGAGAAGGCGUGGGGAAAGGCAAUGGAAGAGCAGCCAUCGACUGCUACGUAA